CGGCGGCCAUUGAACGAACGUUUGCGCCGUAUUAUCCUAAUACAAUCACGAAUCUAACGAAUGUGCUUUUUGUUGUUUACUUCGCUCGAGUUCACUUCAGGCUUCAUCCGCUGAUAUCAUAUCGAACCGCGCCAGUUCGACUCUGUCUGCGAUAUCAAUUCAAUCAAACAGAGUACAUCAAGAUGUCAGCCAGGCCUGCUACCAAGGAAUUCGGCGUUCCAACAGGAACGCAAUCUACUAGUUCCCGAAAUGGAAACUCCAAGAUCCUUCAUAGCCUCUCGCAAGAGAAGGCUACUUCUAAAAGCUCAACAACCAACCAGAAGCUGACGGUAAUUCGGGAGAAGACCAAAGCAGUCUCUGGUGAAUUCAAAUCCCAAGUUGGGCUAUCUGCGGAGGAAGUCAGUGAGCUAAGUCCUACUAUCGACGGCUUCUUCGACACAGUUGCAGCCGAGAGACUACGUCGUAUGCCUCACAAUGGAAGCAAACUGGAUAUGGCUUUCCGGGGAGCCUCCCAGCUUGCGUUCACAGUAAACUCGCUCCGUGAAGCUGUCGGCAGUUUCGCCCUGUAUACGGACGAAGCUGCUAUGCUCAUCUGGGGAAGUCUCGUGCUCCUGCUGGAGAUGGGUGUCGAUCAGCCCGAUAUCCUUGAGAAGAUCUGUGCAAAGUUCAGCCGUGCAGCAAUCGGGAUCUCCCUGCUGCUGCAAUACCAGCACCUCUUCAGUGCCACUUCGAUGAUCCAGUCUGAAGUUGCACAUGUCUACGCUGACCUGCUCGACCUUGUCGCCCGUGUCACCGUCGACUCCGGCAAGGGCUCUCGAGGCGGCAAGGACAGCCUCAGGGGCUAUCCUGUCGACAGCACGUUCCGUGCCUACUUCAAGGCUUUCUCGACCCGUCGCACCCACAUCCUGGAGCUGAUGUGGAGGACUUGGGGAGAAAGCCGUCAAGGCAUUCCCGAAGUCAGCACCGUGAGGCAGUUCCUCGAGGUCCAGGAUCGCGCCCUUCAGACCAUGCUGGAGGGCGAGACUUCCUCACGUGUAGAGGAAAGCUUUGAAUGGUUUGAUAGCUACCUGACCAGCUUCACGACCACGAAGAACCACCUUCUGCACAUUACUGGCAGCCCAGGCUCUGGAAAGAGCGUCCUGGCUGACUGGAUCAUCGAGCGUUUGCAAACGUCCGGUGACCAUGCAGACUGGGAUGUUAUGUCUUACUCCAUAAGGGCUGAUAUACCCGCCACAACCAUGUCAAUUGGUGUGCUCAAGAGCCUCGUCUUGCAGAGCUUGGAUCGCUGUGUCGGUGAUUUUGGCAUUCUAGAUGCUAUUUGGAAUGCUGCGCAGCUAUCUGCCAAUGGCGCUGAGGAGUCGCGGGUUGAAGAUGCCCUGUGGAAAGCGCUGCGGAUGCCCCUGAAGUCGGCUAGCCCUGUCAUGUUGGUCAUUGAUGGAAUGGACGGUCUUGAAGGCGGCCAUACUGCCGCCGCGACGUUCAUGACGCGACUGCUCGGUGUCAUCUCAGAGUACAGCUCAGUCAAGGCGAUUGUCCUGAGCCGUCCGCUCAGCAAAGUACCUUCUGGAAAGGUGCAGCACUUCGGCCUUGCCGACACUCACGUUCUCUCUGAUAUGCGGUCUGCUGUGUUCAAUAUGAUCAGGGCAUCGUCCCGGUUCAACGAUAUCAGAGGCGACAGGCUUAGCACCCUGGUUGAUAGAAUUGUCGUCAACAGCGGUGGCUCCUUCCUGUGGGCUGAAUUGACGGUCGAGAACCUUAAGAGACAGACGAGCGAGCAUGAAAUGACUUCGUGGUUGCAGACUCCGAAGGCUCUGUCUGACAAUCUGAACACCCAUUUCGAACAGAUUGAUGUCAGCCAGUAUGAGACCAGGUGCCUCUUGGCCUGGUUACUAGUCUCAGAGAGACCGCUGUUUAUUGAUGAAGUCAGACAGUUGCUCGACGUCGAGGUCAAGACGAGCAAGUCUACUCCUCGACUCCCGGGUUCAGAGAACCAGCUGCUGGCUUCUGUGCAUCCGCUGAUUGUGGAGCGGGAUGGUGUUGUUUCCUUCAAACAUCCUAUUAUCAAGGAGCACUUUGUUGAUGUGGCAAACAAUGUCAAGGACUACUCCAACACUGGAAAGUUCCCGUUCCAUCUGAAGGAGGCACACUAUGAUCUCCUCACCAGGGUCCUUGCCUGGGUUAAGACUCAUAUCUAUGAGGAGGCAGCCCUCUCCUUCGACACCAUGGAGGUCAGUAAACAGGACGAAUUCUUCGACAGCUAUUCCCUGCUGGAGUAUGCUGCCAGAUAUGGAACAACUCAUCUGCGAUCCUCGCCUUUGGUUGCAUCCAACGGCGAAUACAAGUUCCCAGCAUCAUUUAAAAACGCAGUUCCAGACUCGGUUUUGCUGGCGCUUCUCGAGGGUUCGGUCCAUGAAACUCAAUCCACAGCCUACCGUGCAGUGCAGGAGCACCGUCUCUCUGUUGAGGUCCGCAAAUUUGUCCUUGGUGACAAGGCAGAAGCUCUUUUGCAAAGUUUGAUUCUGAGCGCUCGCGGCGCACUGAGAGUCCGGGCUCCCCAUGCAAGCGAGCAUUGCUACGAAGCCUGGAGACUAGGCAGAGAGCUCCUGGGCCGCUCAUCCAGUAUCGUGAUAGCAAUUGCUGAGCUUUUCCUCUCCUCUACCGAUGGCCAGUUCAGCACUCGCAACGAGACUGUUACCAGAAGAGAAGAAGUCCUAAAAUACCUCAUCUGGGUGGGUCAGGAUGCAGGUGGUUUCAGCUAUAACCACACUUUGACGUAUGUUGAGAUGCUUGUGGAGUUGUACACACAAAUCGGAGAGAACGACAACGCUCUGGCCCUGUCCAAGGCCUUCUACCAGCGUACCGUUGCGAAGUAUGGGCAGCAGUCCUCCGAGGCAGCGUUGAUCUCAGCUUUCAUGGAGAAGAGAUUCCCAGCCUCUAAAGACGGCGCCUUCCUUGAAAUUGCUCAGUCGAAGCAUGACUAUCUUACGCGCACCCUUGAUGUGACUGACCCACGUCGCCUUGAAUCCACCCUGGCCAUAGUCAAGAUGUACGAAGAGCGAGGUGACAAGGUACGAGCAGAGGGAGCUCUUGUCAGUCUGUGGCAAGCCCUUCUGGCGUCUGAGGUCCACUCUACUUCGAUGCUAGAAACGAAAACGGAUGUCGCUCUCGUAUACUCAGGAUUCUUGAGACGCCAGGGCCGUAACACUGAGGCGGAGGUCAUUCUUCGUACCGUUUGGCCCGACAUUGAGAAGAGCGGAAUUCAGUCCGACGGCAUGUAUGAACGCACGCUGAAGGUCGAUAGUCAGCUCAGGGACAUGCAGAAGGAUGAUCUUGCUCUGCCAGCAUCUUUGCUGGUCUGGAACUACUAUAAGAAGACGGGCCAGACCACCUCAACGCAGGGAGUCGCUCUGGCGAGUACACUCCUAGAGACACUUCACAGAUCAGUUUUGUCCUCCAGGACUGACAAAACAACAUCUGGCGCGCAAGUCAUUGUCACGACACAGGAGAGACAACUGAUGCGAGAACUGGUUGACUCGAUCGUUUCCUCGUCCAGCCACCUCUCAACUUCGGCCCUGGAGGUCACACACAUGCUUGCGUCUAUCUACAUCAAAGAGGAAAACUGGCAGGAAGCUAUUACAUUCGCCUCUUCUGUGAUGAAGCGCAUCUGGCCUUCUGUCGAGACGGAAGGUUCUACCACGACUUUCAAAUCCGACGUCGCACCCCAUGUCGUUGAGAUCGCGUUGGAUCUGGCGUAUGCGUAUUUCCGAACUCUCCAGAUCAGUAAGGCUACGGCUGUCUACGGAAAUGCCGCCACUGCUACUAUCACCACGGAAAAGGUCGUGGUGCCAAGGAUGAUGGAGGUAGUCACGACCAUUGUCGAGUUCUACGAGACAACAUUCCAGUUCCCGAAGGCAGUGUCGCUCCUGCACCAGAUCCACGGAUUCCUCAAGUCUCGUCUUGGUGAGACACAUAAGUACACCCUGGAGUGUCUGUACAUGUUGGCCGAUCUUUCGACCCGCAUUGGAAGACGAGACGAAGCCGAGAGGAGCUACCGGGAGAUCUGGCUUGCGGGUGUCCAUGAAAACAAGACUGACACCAACACAGUCAAGGCCGCUAACACACUCUGCACGAUGUAUGAGGAAGAUGAGAACUGGGGCUCUGCACUGGAGAUGUACAGAUACCUCUGGCCUCUAGCCUUGCGUCAAGGCCAGAGUGACAAGCCAGAAUCUGCAAUUCUAGAGAAGACCUACACCAACUACUCGCGCAUCCUCGAGGAGAAGGUCACGGAUAAUGUCGAGGAGCUCUACCAGGUCACGUCGGAUUACCGCUCUGCGGCCAUGAAGCUCUAUGGUGGACGCAACGACAAGACCUUGAGAGCCACGCUUCGUCUCGCAGACAUCUGCCAGCUCAGCGGAACUCGCGAUGACCAGGCCAUUUCUCUUUAUGAGGAAGCUCUCACGGGCAAGAAGGGCGUUCCCACAGGAUCCACUCAGCAGCCAUCAUCCUUGCAGACUCUUCUCACAAAUGCUAAGCAUGCGCUAGCUCUGUUGUAUGUGCGCAACAAGACCACUUCCACCAAAGCCAUCCCGUUGUACCAAGAGGAGCUGCAGCUCUCCAGAGAACAAUUGGGCCAUGCUUCCCACACUACUCUGGGUUGGCUGCGUGAACUCGCAAUCCUGUAUUCGAGACAGGGCAGCCAGGAGUACUCCCUCAAGGCUACAGACUUGUUGCAUGCCUAUGUCUUCGAGAUCCUUGAGUAUGAGAGCAACGCGCAGAAGCUCCAGGAGUCUGCCAGAUACAUUGCUCAGAUCUACCUGGAUUGUGGUUACACGACCGCCGCACACAAGGUUCUGGAUGAUCUGCGCUACCGCAUCAUCUACGGCUCCAAAGUCACGCCCAAGCUGUCCGUCGACCGCGCCUAUGCCGUCUUCCUUGUGGCUUUCGGUGAAGUCAUCACUCAGGAUGGAACUUACUCCAAUGUCAUGGAGGAGCUGAUGAACGAGCUUCUCCUUCACGAGUCGUUCUCCAAGUCCCUGAGCACGUCUGGCGACUUUGUUCCUACUCUCGCAUCGGGAGCACGUCUCCGACAGUUCCAGACAGAGAAGAAUCAGACGCAAGCUGCGAAGGACACCGACUCCAAGCUCUUUGAGUACUUCUGCGGCGGUGUAGCGGCGUCUAGUGUCUCCAGCAAGGACAUCGUGCAGCAAUUCUACAGCCUUUGUCUCAGGGAAAUCAACCAUGAGAACUACGAUGUGCGCAUCAUUGAGUCCUCGACCGAUAUGAUCCGCAGUCUCUGCGACCGCUCCCGAUUCCAGGACGCUUAUGAUCUCUCUGUCCUGCUGCACUCGUUCGUGCUUCGUACCAGCGGACUGCGCACCGUGGAGAGCAUUCUCUCCGGUAUCAGAGCCUGUCUGUAUCUCAGUGGACACCAUACCAAGAAGUGCCCGGAGCGAAAGAUGUACAACACCAUGGCUACCCAGUCCAAGGUGCUACUACAGGAUAUCAUUGCCGCGUCCAGGAAACUUGGUGUCCAGUUCUCUGAACUACCAUUUAGCCAGAUCAACGAUCUAGUCACCCUGUUGGGUGAACAGGAGAACUUCGAGGAACUUGAGGAAAUCCUCACCGAUCUGUGGACCUCACGUAUUGUGCAAAAGACCUGGUCCCCGGACAUCGUCGUCUGGAUCGGCCGUCGUCUCGUUGAGACACGCUUUUGCCGUGGAAACACGCAGGGCGCUAUCCAUCUCUGCCGCGACAUCUGCUACAACCUACAGCACGUGUGGGGUCACAAUGACAAGACCACGCUGGAGAUGAACAAGCUCCUGUCCAGCCUCUACACUGCAUCCAACGACCCGCGCUCCGCCAUGGAGCUGCACGAGACUGCCCUGACGGAGCUUCUGAACGAUGCAGACGCUCAGAGCGAUCCGUAUGCGGCCGACUCUGCCGCGCAGCACAUCCAGCUCCUGAACCGCGCCCAGCAGCGUCACGGCAAGUGGGACAAGGAGCCUGAGCUUUACAGCAAUCUCAUCAGCCGUGUCACUGAGCGAUUCAGCCUGAAGCAGAACCAGACGCAGAGUACUGACAAGGGCACCACGAGCGACGAUUACGGAGUGUGGCGCCGACCAGGCAGCUUCAGCCUCGACGUCGAAGAUCAGAGCCAGCAUCAGAACCACCUGCGGAGAACAAGCGGUGCUGGACUUCUCGGUGGAUCAGGCAUGCGGAGGACUUCUAUUCCUGCGAUGUAAGGAAAGGGUAAAUUGCAUUUGUAUCCAUUUGGUUUUAUAUAUAUAU